GACUAGGAAGCGGCGGAGGAGCGCGCAGGCAAAAGCUUCCGCUGCUCAACUUCUCCGUCCCGGCAGCAGAAGGCUUUUCUUCAUCUUCUCUACCGCUACCAUGGAUUCUCUUUUAUACCUGAAACCCAAUAACAUCAUUCCUUUCACUCCCAGUUCAAGGGCUUCUUCCCCUUUCCUCCCUUCCUAUUUCCCGCCUCGGCUUCGGCUUGAGUCUUUUCGCCUUCGACCCACUUCUCUUUCUGCUGUUGUCAAGAAGCGCAGCAAUUCAUCUUCCAACUCUACUACUACUACUACUACCAUUCGUUGCGAGCUCAAUGGCAAGAUCAAUGGCUCCUCCCAGUCCCCUGAAUUCGACCCUCGAUUCCUUGACCGGCAAAAGGCACUUGAAGCAGCAAUGAAUGACAUAAAUGGUUCAUUUGGAAAAGGAAGUGUUACACGUUUGGGUAGUGCCGGUGGAGCAUUGGUUGAGACAUUUCCCAGUGGCUGUUUGACUUUGGAUUUUGCUUUAGGUGGUGGGCUUCCAAAAGGGAGAAUUGUAGAGAUAUAUGGCCCAGAAAGUAGUGGAAAGACUACCCUUGCGCUCCAUGCAAUUGCAGAAAUCCAGAAGCUAGGUGGCAAUGCAAUGCUUGUGGAUGCCGAACAUGCUUUUGAUCCAGCAUAUUCAAAAGCACUAGGGGUGGAUGUAGAAAAUUUGAUUGUUUGCCAACCUGAUCAUGGGGAGAUGGGACUCGAAAUUGCCGAUCGUAUGUGCAGAUCUGGAGCAGUGGAUCUUAUCUGUGUUGAUUCUGUGUCAGCUCUUACACCACGAGCGGAGAUUGAAGGUGAGAUUGGGAUGCAGCAAAUGGGUCUGCAGGCACGGCUCAUGAGUCAGGCAUUGCGUAAAAUGUCCGGAAAUGCUUCAAAAGCUGGGUGUACACUUAUUUUCCUCAAUCAAAUUAGAUACAAGAUUGGUGUAUAUUAUGGGAAUCCAGAAGUCACUAGUGGAGGAAUUGCCUUGAAAUUCUUUGCAUCAGUUCGUCUCGAGAUACGCUCUAUUGGGAAGAUAAAGUCUGCUAAAGGAGAUGAAGAGGUGGGACUCCGUGUUCGUGUAAGAGUACAGAAGAGUAAGGUGUCAAGACCAUACAAGCAAGCUGAGUUUGAAAUCAUGUUUGGAGAGGGAGUCGGUCAACAGGGUUGCAUAUUGGAUUGUGCUGAGAUGAUGGAUGUCGUUCUAAAGAAGGGCUCUUGGUAUAGCUAUGAGGACCAAAGGUUGGGGCAAGGAAGAGAAAAAGCGUUGCAGUACCUGAAUGAAAAUCCUCAUCUGCUUGAAGAGAUAGAGAAGAAAGUUCGAUUGAUGAUGGCAGACUCGACUUUGCAAUCUGGCCCUCUGUACGCAAGGCAACUGGCAGCAUUGUCCCAGGACGAGAGCACGAAUGAUGAUAUCUAGUAGAUGAUGCAACCAUCGAGUUAACUGAAGUCCUUUGCAAGCAAAUCACUGAAGAUUCACUGAAGCUUCUGAAGUAAGAUUGAGCUGAGGUACUCUUCUCACUGUUCUACCAUGCCAGCUGAGAUCUGUUAUCACGACAUGCUGUCAGCUUCUGGCGCUAGUAACUACUGGAGAUUGCUGAACUAGAAGGCUGGAUUUUGACAAGAGAAAGAGGUUAAGAAAGAACAGUUGGUUGCUAAAUGCUGACUUCUUUCUGCCUCUAAAAAGAAAGGAUAUGAUUCGAUGCAGAAUAGAUGCAGAAGUUGGGGGUAUCUCGUAGCUCAAUGUUUCUGUAUUGCCAACGCCAUUAUGUGAUGCUGAGCAAAUAGUGUCCAUUAUUUCAAUCAAUUCGGCAAGCAUGC